AUGUUCAAAUGCCUCUGUGACACUAUUAUUCUUGACGACUUCAAGACUGCGCUGGACACACUUAGUGCUCGAUGGAUGAUGCGACAGGGAAUGCAGGGAGUUCAUUCUCUAGGCUUCCUGGCCUUGUUUCGCAACUUGUCGGCCUCUCGUCUGACAAAUGGGCACUCGCAGACUUUAGAAGCCACCCAACCUUUCAUGAGGAGCGUCCUUUGCGUAGCACUCCUGCCACUGAAACUCGGCCAGUGCGGUACAUAUUGA